UCAGUUGCUCCAUACGGCAACAUGUGAGUGUAGCAGAGAAGUAAAGAACCUGAAUCUAUUCCGUAAACAUUGCAGAAACUACUUUGGUUUCAGAUACAACACCAACAGUAUAUCGACUUACAUAUUUCACGUCUUUUAAAAAACGCACAUAUUUGUGAAUAUCCUGAUCGCGUCGACAUAUUGUGUUGUGAUACAAACAUGUUGUAUUUUAUCGGUCUUGGUCUCGGGGAUGCUAAAGACAUCACUGUUAAAGGUUUAGAGAUCAUCCGACAGUGUAGUCGUGUUUAUUUGGAGGCGUACACGUCCAUACUGACCGUCGGGAAGGAGGGAUUGGAGGAGUUUUAUGGACGUGAGCUGCUGCUGGCAGACAGAGAUGUGGUUGAACAACAGGCGGAUGAGAUCUUGGAGGGAGCAGAUGUUAGUGAUGUGGCCUUUCUGGUGGUGGGAGAUCCUUUUGGAGCCACAACACACAGCGACUUGGUUCUUCGAGCGUUGAGUGCCGGGAUCAAGUAUCGUGUCAUUCACAACGCCUCCAUCAUGAAUGCUGUGGGAUGCUGCGGACUGCAGUUGUACAACUUUGGCGAGACCGUGUCCAUUGUGUUCUGGACAGACACAUGGAGACCUGAGAGCUUCUACGAUAAGAUCAAGAAGAACAGGAACAUGGGCCUACACACCCUGUGCCUGCUGGAUAUCAAAGUUAAAGAGCAGUCCAUGGAGAAUUUAAUGAGGGGCCGAAAGAUUUACGAGCCCCCAAGGUACAUGACGGUUGCACAGGCCGCUGAACAACUUCUGGAGAUACUGCAAAAUUGUCGAGAACGAGGCGAGGAACUAGCGAUGACCGAAGACACUGUGUGCGUCGGCCUGGCUCGUGUUGGUGCUGAGGAUCAAGCCAUCCGUUCCGGGGCGCUCCGGGAGUUGGCCACCUGUGACCUUGGAGGACCACUUCAUUCCAUGAUCAUCAGUGGACACCUUCAUCCUAUUGAGGUGGACAUGCUCAAACUUUUUAGCGGUCCUGAGGGACUCGUGACCUUGAAGAUGACCGACAGCUCCACAUAUGACUCUUGACGUCAAAAAUGGUGUUCCUGUGGUUUUAAAAAGGGCACGGGAGGAACAAGUGCUUUGGUCAUGAUGUUUACGACACGAUGGUGGUGCUCUCAGAGCUACUGCUGGCUCAGGAGAACGCAGAAAUUACAGUUAUUUCAGAUUAAGUUUGACCACUUGAUCCUUUACGGAUCGGGCCAGGGGUGCGGGAGAAUGGGGUGAAUGAUUUAGACGGGUGGCACACGAGAGUGAUGCUGUCAAAGAAAAAAAGAUGGAAUUAUAACGGAGGAAAUGAAAAAGGGUUUUGUGGAACAACUGCAUCUGGGUUGCAUUAGUGGCUUUGAAAAUUGGCAUAAUGUGCCGGUACCAAAAGUCGUUCUUAAUGGAACUUUCUGAAUGAGAAUGUUAAUGUAAUGAAAGACAAUUUUAAGCGUAAACCAGCCUGUGUCAAACAAAGAUUGAUUUUUACAAUGAAGACUCAUCGCUGCUCAUUACGCUGAAGCCCCAACAUGUGGUUUUAUUUUCAUUUGCUUCCGUGGUUUUGUUUGCGUUAUCUCAUUUUGUCAUCAUGAAUUGCUUCGAAAAUGAGUAAAGAUGCUGUCAAAAACA